AUGUCUGCCCAGAACUCUCAAGGCAUCCAGACGCUGCUCGAGGCAGAGAAGGAGGCCUCCAAGAUUGUAGCCAAGGCUAGAGAAUAUCGGACGCAAAAGGUCAAAGAUGCGCGAGGUGAGGCUGCCAAGGAGGUCGAGGACCUGAGGCGUAAGAAGGAGGAGGAGUUCAAGGAGUUUGAGCAAGAGCAUUCCGGUGACACGUCUUCCGCCCAGACUCAGGUCGACAAAGAUACCGAGAGCACGGUGGACAGCAUCAAGUCUUCCUUUGAGAAGAACAAGGCAGACGCAGUCAAGAAGCUGCUCGAUAGCGUCGUCGAGAUCAAGCCAGAGCUACACCAGAAUUAUCACCCGGAGAGGCAAUCUGUAUCAGGCUAGACAUGCAUCGGUGUACAUCAUGCAGGGGCACAGACGUACAAUGCGUCGACUUUGUUGCUAUUUAGGACUUGCGCCAGUCCUUCUGUUCGCUGACAUGGUCUAUCACUUCACCGGUUUUGAAGGCAUGCUUGAUAUUGUCGAGCACGCGGAUUUCCAUCUUGCGCAUCGUGUCCGUCGUUGCCGUGCCGAGAUGGGGCAGUACCGUCACUCUCGGGUUCGCUAGCAGGCUCGGAUUGAUCGUUGGCUCGGCAGGGAACACGUCAAGGCC